AUGGGGAAAGAUGACUUCCUGAGAGACCUUGGCCAGGUCAAGGCCCCAGGUACAUUCAAAUACCUGAGCAAGGUCAAAGCUGGCGACAGCGAUGGAUCGAUUGUUUCACCUUCGCAGCCUUACAACUACCCCAAAAGCCACCAAUACUUCGUCUACUCUACAUCUGAUCCCCCGCUCGCAGUCAUCGAGGCUCUUCAAAACGUCGUAAAGAACCUUCCUUGCAUUUCCAUUCGUGAUCUCCUGGCUGCCAUCGAAAGCUCGAUUCAUGCAGCGCUCAAUGGCUCAACGUUGCAGCCAUGCAACGAAUAUCACGAUGAUGAACAGAUUCCCAUCGACGAUUCUGAUGAUCAUCUAUGCAACUUUGAUGGUUUUGGGGAGUUCGACUACGACGAGCACGCUUUUGAUGACUGUGACGCUUCCCUACCAACCUACAACGUUCCAUCUUUCCUGCGCCGGAAGAUCAGUGAGGAUCUGCGAGCUGCCAAGAACACCGGCUUCAAGGUUGGGCACGUUGAAGUCACGCAAUGUGGAUUCGUGGUUUCGGUGGCUAGCCGCCUCAAUAGACUUGGAAUCUCCGAAGAAGUCAUGGAUGUUUGGCAAGUGCGUCCCAAUGACUACCUUGGUCUUCUGAUUCGUUACCCGCGAGGAUACGUGAACAUGAAGGACUUGUUUGAACAGGGUGACCCAAACCCUUCAUUUAUCCAAAUGCAUCUCGGGCUCUGUGACUCCUACAAGCCAUCGGCUACGGCAGCUCUGAUGGCCUUUCAGGGCAGCACGCCGACAGAAAAGGAUAUUUUAGACCUACGAGAGACUGAAACAAACAAGCUCAGAUCCUGUUUCAUCGGCCGCCAGCUUAAUCGACUCCUGAACGAGCGAUUCUUGGCUAUUGCGCGAUUUCGUCUCAGAUGGGGACUCUCAUGGACAGGCGCAGAAAACCCUUUCCAGGUCAGCCAGGGGAAGCCUCUGAAUGACGAGGACGUCAGUUCCGAAGAACAUCUGAAGCCUGAUGAAUGGGGGACUCCACCUCCCCCUUUGCUAAUGGCCGACCAUAUGGCCGACGAGGGUUUUGUCUUGUCGAGAAUGUCAUUCCCCUUGCUCGCAAUGCAAUUCACCCUUCGACACUUUGUCAGAUGCACAGAGUUCUGCCUCGUUUGUUUCUGCAAGAAGUUCGACGAUUUUGAUGCAAUGAAGCCCUACGUUUGCUCAAGUCGACUUUGUCUCUACCAAUACAUCACUUACGGUAUGGGGCCAAGUCUGGAAUAUGAAGUCAAAUCUCAGCCAAGUGUUGUUGACUUGCUAGUAUCCUUGGCUUUCAUCAGAGCCAAGACCGGCAAGCUUGAACAUUUUCCUACAGGGCUUGGAAUGCGAAUUCCCAAUACGGAGACAACUGAGCCGGAUGAGGUUCGAAUUGACCUCCCAACAGGCCGGAAGGUCACUAAAUAUCACAGUGGGACGAUUUAUCCCCAUAAAAUGUUCAAUUCCAGCAAGACCCUGCCCGGUAUUAACAUGGAGCUUUCUCAAGAGGGCAAGUCACGGCUCAUCGAAGGCCAAUGGAUCGUUUUUGUCGGUCUGGAAGGGGAGAAGAUCUUGCCAAAGGACCUUCAUGGCAUUGCCGAGUCCAAAAAACCGGCUCAAACGUUGUGGAGCUCUCAUUUCCGCUUCGCUGGAGCAAACAGAUGA